CUCGUUGCUCGGGGGAAGAAUGGAUGGGUCAAAGUCACCUGCCUGCACCACACAGGUCAGCUUUGUUUGCCAGCGCUGCAGCCAGCCCCUUAAACUGGACACGUCUUUCAAGGUCCUUGAUAAAGUCACCAUCCAAGAACUGACAGCUCCUCUACUUACUACUGCGCCGGCAAAACUUGGGGACACCCAUGAGGAAGAGACUGCACUUACAGAGGAAUUUGUCGAAAACCGCCAGGAUGGCGUGUCCCGAAGAUUCAUCCCCCCAGCCAGGAUGAUGUCAACAGAAAGCGCCAACAGCUUCACUCUCAUUGGUGAGGCCUCUGAUGGAGGCACGAUGGAAAACCUCAGCAGAAGACUCAAGGUUACAGGGGACCUGUUUGACAUCAUGUCUGGUCAGACAGAUGUGGAUCACCCUCUUUGUGAAGAAUGCACUGAUACCCUUCUGGACCAGUUGGACACGCAGCUCAACAUCACAGAGAAUGAAUGUCAGAACUACAAGAGAUGCCUGGAAAUCCUGGAGCAGAUGAACGAAGACGAUAAGGAGAAGUUGCAGCUGGAGCUGAAGGAGUUUGCUCUUGAGGAGGAGAGGCUGAUAGAGGAGCUGGAAGGGGUGGAGCAGAAGCGGAAAACGAUGGCUGAAGACUUUGAGAAGGUCAGGGCUGAGGCGGAGAGGCUGGAUCACGAGGAAGCUGAGUACCAGAAAGAGUACAGCGAAUUCAAGCGGCAACAACUGGAGCUGGAUGACGAACUGAAGAGUGUGGAUAAUCAAAUGCGCUAUGCCCAGAUGCAGUUGGACAAGCUGAAGAAAACCAAUGUGUUUAAUGCCACCUUCCAUAUCUGGCACAGUGGACAGUUUGGCACCAUAAACAACUUCCGCCUCGGCCGGCUUCCGAGUGUCCCUGUGGAGUGGAACGAGAUCAACGCAGCCUGGGGGCAGACUGUGCUGCUUCUCCAUGCCCUUGCCAACAAGAUGGGCCUGACCUUUCAAAGGUACCGCCUUAUCCCAUACGGGAACCACUCUUACUUAGAGUCUCUCACAGACAAAUCCAAGGAGCUGCCCCUUUACUGUUCAGGAGGAUUGCGGUUUUUCUGGGACAACAAGUUUGACCAUGCCAUGGUGGCAUUCCUGGAUUGUGUGCAACAGUUCAAAGAGGAAGUGGAAAAGGGCGAGACUCGCUUCUGUUUGCCUUACAGAAUGGAUGUGGAGAAGGGCAAGAUUGAAGACACAGGUGGAAGCGGCGGGUCCUACUCUAUAAAGACUCAGUUUAACUCGGAGGAGCAGUGGACAAAAGCACUCAAGUUCAUGCUGACAAACCUGAAGUGGGGACUAGCCUGGGUCUCUUCCCAGUUCUACAACAAAUGACUCUUGUAAGAGAGGAGGACUCCAUCCCGUAAUGUGUCUGUAGUUUGUUUCAAAGAUACCCAAAACAGGACUUGGCUUGUGAUAUCAGUACAUCAUCACCUUACAAGACCAAAAAACUGCAAAGCACUUUUGUCUUAAAAUGUCAUUGUCGGGUAAUAUGAAGCAAAACGGCUCGACAGCAUGGUUGGAUUUCUGUCGCAGCACAGCCUGCUGCUGCUUUUAGGGAAAGAAGCAAACCGGGUCCUGGAUAGUUAGGGGGGGCCCACGUACGGCAGUAAAAAGAGACCUGCUUGAAGAGCUCUUAACAGCUUUCAGACUGGAGGAGUGACUCUACUAAGCUAUAACGUUAUUAGAAUUGCAGUUUGGUUGCUACACUAAGAUGCCCUAGGAAAUGCAAGAAUAAAUAAAAGCUGUUUGUAUUC